AUGACUGGAGAAGCAGACGGUUUUGGAAGUGAUUAUCUUGGAAUACUUUUAAAGGCUCGUCAUGAUGCACACGAGAAGCAGCGGAUUUCAGUGGACGAUUUAGUCGAAGAGUGCAAGACGUUUUACUUUGCUGGACAUGAAACCACUAACUCUUUGCUUGCUUGGACCGUCUUUCUUCUGGCUCUUCAUACAGAUUGGCAAGGGGAAGCUAGAAAGGAGAUGGGUAUGAUCAUCAAUGAGUCUCUAAGGUUAUAUCCUCCUGCUGUGUCCCUUACUAGGGAAUCUCUAAAGGAAGUUAGACUAGGACAGGUUGUCGUUCCCGCUAAUGUUGAGUUGCACGUCACAAACCUGGCACUUCACCAUGAACCUAAAUAUUGGGGAAAAGACAUGCAACUUUUCAAACCGGAGAGAUUCUCAAAAGGGGUUGCGAAAGCUACUAACAACAACGCAGUUGCAUUCAUACUUUACAGUCUGACUAUGAUGUCAAUGCAGAUUGUCUACUAUCAAUCUCAGACACUAGACUAUUCCUUCAAUCAAUUGAGCAAAGUCAGUUCAUUUGCAGACUGCCUGCUUAUAUUUUCACCGAUUCAGUCUUCAGUAGAUGGCUGA